ACCUCUUUUUCUAUAAAGUCUAUAGAGCUUUGGGGUCUUGGAAGUACCUACUAACUGGGGUCAUCGUUCCACCAGGCUCCAAUGAGAGAGACCUUGACGUUUGCCUCCUUCUCCGACAUGCUGACUUACCACUUGGCCUGGGGUGGAACCCAAGCCAUUUCUGCCCCUUGAGCAUGACCGAUCAGGAGAUAAGAAUCCUACCUUGAGUUUCUAUUGUACUUUAAGGUUUUCCGAGGCAAGAUAAACACUGCCAGCUUUAUUCCUUUCCCCCUUUUCAUCCCAUAAACAUUUGCUAAGGUGGAUACCGGUAGAGGAGAUCUCAAGGAGUUCCCAGUCUGCUAUUCUCAGGGUUUCCUGGUAUGACUCAUGGCUGCUGAACACUGAGGCCGCCAUCUUGAAUGCUUAUCUGUUGGUUCCCCUUCUCUUCACACCUGCCUGUGAUGCCUGAAAAGAAGUGCUGGGUGUGAUGUGUGAGCAGGAGGGCAGCUGGCGUGUUUCUAGUGUCUAUUCUGCGUCAGUUGAGCCAACCUUGGAGCUAGGAACUCUGGGGCAAAUCCCACCUUGGCCGCCUUCCACAGGUUGUGUGAUAUCAGGAAAGCCAAUUAACGUCUCUGUGCCUCAGUUUCCUCAUCUGUGACACCUGGCUCAGAACAGCCUCUGUCUGCAGGGUGUUGUUGUUAGAGAUGAAACAAGAGCCUGGUGGCCCUUAGAGCACUACGUACACGCUAACCAUGACGAUCCCAGUGCUUUGGGUCUUCUCAGCUUGCUUUUAAUGGAGAUCAGAUCGAGUCCCAGAACAGUGGCUCCUCCCGUGUCCUUCAUGUGUCCAUUUGUGCCGAUGGAUUAAAGUCUCUGAGUUUGAGAUUGGAUAGAAUUGUGGGGAGGGGGCUUGUGUGUGUGCCUCAGUUUAUUUGUUUUUUUUAAUCCUCACCUUCUGUCUUGGACUCACUCUGGAGCUCCAGAAGAGAGGGAAGGGCCGGCGUGAAGGACUUGCUAAGGUCACACCACCAGGAAGGAGCUGAAGCCAGAUUUCCACCCAGAACCUCCCAGCUCCAGCUCUGGUGCUCCGUCCACUGAGCCAUCUGGCUGCCCUUGCCUUGGUUUGGCUGCAAGUGUCUGUGGGCUGGCCCCAGGAGCAGGCUGGCCAUGGGGGCGGAGAAUGGUCUCCCCUUCCCCUGCCUGCUUGGGGCGCUGUGGCAGAGACUGUUUCCAAAGCCUUGCUUCCCACGAGGGUGAGAUGUGGCCUCAGAACCCCUCUCUGGCUCGGCCGCCCUUGGCGUUGGGGACAUCGCGGGCCAGAGACUUUCUAGGGAAUGUGUGUGUGAGGGGGGUCAGGUGAAAGCCCAAGCCCCGCCUUAUGCACCCCAGUGUUGGUGGCGUUAAUCCUCCUACCUUGUCCCGGUGCUUUCCUGGCACGCCCUAGCCCUGGCGGCGGCCCCUUAGAAGUCAUUCAUUCCCGUCUGCUCUUUGGAGUUGGGGAAGCCAAAAGGUUACAGCCCGAAGGGGGCAGCCAGGAUGCCAACCUGGUUCCUGCCCCGUUUCACCCCCUGUAGCAGGGACUGGGUUUUGCCUCAUUUUUAACAUUCUAACAGCUUAGCAGAGUGUCUGAUACUCAGAAGUCAGCUGGGCAGGUCCCUGGAUGAGCACCCCGCUGGAGUCAGGAGGAUCUGGGUUCAAAUUCGGCUUCAGACACUAGCUGAGAGAGCAUGGGCCAGUCACCUAACUCUACUUUCCUCUGUUUGCUCCUCUGUAAAACAAGCGGGAGAAGGGAAGGAUGAAUCCCUUCUGUCUGCCAAGAGAACCCGAGGCUCUUUAGAGAAGUUCUCUUAUUUCAUCUCUAGCAACAACACCCUGGGAGACAGAGGCUGUUCUGAGUCAGCUUUCACAGAUGAGGAAACUGAGGCACAGAGGCGUUAAUUGGCUUUCAGAAAGAGCCGGACAUGACUGAAGAGCAACCAAAGGUGCUUCGUCACUGCUGGCUGACCACUGUGCUGGCCCGGGGCUGUUUGGUUGAGGUUGCUGCUUUAGGUGGUCCCAUUCGCCCGCGAUUUGUUUGCUUGGAAGCCUCCUCUGCCCCUCUGCUUUGGUGAGAGAAGCAUCGGAUUGCCCAGGAGCGACACCAGCUGCCCUUCGCCCAGGCUGGGCCCCAUUUCCUGGCAUUCCUUCUCUCCUCUCAGAUACCUUCACUUCCUUCAAGGCCUAGUGGAGGGGCCACUUCCUACAGGAAGCCUUUCCUGAUUUGUGUAUUCUUUCCAGAUUCCCCUUCAGGAAUUCCUGGUCAAUCAUUGGUCCUGACUUAUUCUUAAAGACUCUGCUGUGUUCUAGACCUUAUCCUAAGCCUUUGGGGAUACAAGGAAAGGCCAAAGGGCAGCCCUGCCCUCCAGGAGCUUGCAGUCUAACAUACAAACAUGCAAACAGUGUACCGUCUGCUGAAUAAAGUGGGGAUGAUCUACUGGAAAAUAGCCUUAAAGAAGCUCUGGAGGGCUUCAUAAGUCAUCCCUGGAAGGAAGCCUUGAGAAGGGAAGGCAGUCUAGGCAUGAAGCACAGCCAGUGCAAAUGCUUGGGGUUGGCAUCUCCCAACUCCAUCUCCAGUGCUUGUUCCCAGAACAGCCAGGAAGCUGGUGUCAUUGGAUCAGAAACUAGGUGGGGCGUUGGAGUGGGGCAGAUGGCAGGGUUAAGACUGGAAAGGGAGAGAGAGGCAGGUGGAGGAGGGCUUUGGUUGACUAAACAUAGACUGGGUCACUGUCUCACUUAUCAUUCCAGUUGUUGCUCAGACAUUUCACAACUCCGUGACCCCAUUUAGGUUUUUCUUGGCCAGGAUCCUGGAAAGGUUUGCCAUUUGCUUCCCCAUUUAAUUUUCCAGAUGGGGAAACCGAGGCAGAUUUGGUUAAGUGACUUUCCCAGGGUUGGGUAGCUAGUAGCCAAGGCUAGAUUUGAACUCAGUCCUUCCUGAUUCCAGGCUUUUCUGCUCUCUCUGCUGCACCACCCAGCUGUCUCCAAGUUCCCGUUGGAAUGGGUCUCUCCCAUCCGCCCUCUCCCUCUCCUCCCCCUCCAGCUCCCCAGGCUGGGGAUGGCCUCCCAGCCUCCGAAGGCACAGUUCCCCAUCUUGGUGUGAACUAGGCAGCAGGGGCUUCCUAGAGGAGGAGUGGAUUGACUGAGACACAGCCCGAACGUCCAGCCUCUGUCCCCAGGACAACUCGGCAGUCCCCAUUAGCAGAAUUGUCAGAGAAGAGUCGGCCUCAGAUGAGGCUGUGCCAGCUCUGGGCGAGGAAGGUCUCCGGAGAGAGGCAGAGGAUUUAAGGGAUGGGGACGCCCUCUCCCCGAUUCACACCCCGCCCCCCAGCCUUUGUUCCAAUCCAUAGUCAACAGGGCGAGAGCACCGACCGAGGGGCUACAGCUUGAGCCUCCCGAGCCCGGGCCCCCUCGGCCUCCGCGGCCGCCGAUGUGGAAGGGGAGGGGGAGAUGCUAAGCGAGGACGGCACCUCUCCGCCUCUCCUCGUACGCACGGCUGCUGGCAGAAACGUCUCCUGCUCCAGGCUUCUUCCAGCACAUAAUUGACCCUGAUGCCUGCAGAGUGUCUCAAGACGAGGCCACAAGUCCCAUUGAGGUCAAUUAUUAGGUAUCCAGUCCCACAAUUAGAGUGUUUAUAGUGGAAGGUUUUGCAUUUCUUGGGUUCUCUGUCAUGGGUCUGAGCACAACAAACUCAUUACUCCAGCCUAGGGACACACACCAUUGCCCAGGGCUAACGACAGGCUGGGCGUAGACUAUGGCCUGGAAACUGGGCUCCAAAAUGGCGACAGUUUGCCAAGCCAAGUGGGCGACUUGAGGAGCGAGGGGCCGUCACCCUGGGUCAAAGUUGGUUCUCGGAUUGACUGACCCCAAAUGGCACAAUGGUGGGGAGAGGUCUGGCCUCUGAUUCAGGCAGACCUCCCUCCGUUCAAGUCCAGCCUUUGACCAGACUGGUUUUUUGACCCUGGGCAAGGCAUUGGACCUUCCAUUCCCUCGGGAGAUCCAGCAGGACCCUACAACACAGAGCAGCUACUGUUCUGCUCUGGCAAAGGGAACUCCCACCCCUGGACUCCCCCUUUUAGGGCUGAAAUCACAUGUGGGGACCCCCAAAAAGGGGAGAAGGGCCCUACUGCGCUGGGGUGGGUUUUCCAGGCCUGGAUCAGUGCCCACUGCAUUAUUACCAUUUGUGAAAUAUUAACCUGUGCUGGGAGCUUGGCUGUCCCAAAGGAGUGUACCCAGGGGGCUCCACAGAUCACUUGGAGAGUGAUUCAAGGAAUUGUGGGAUUGCUUUAUUGCUGUAAUGGAAAGAACACUUGCUGGCCUUGGGAUUCGGGGGCCCAGCUCCCAGACUUGGCUCUCCCCUGGCAGCCUGUGUGACCUUGGACAGCUUCCUUCCCUCUGAGCCUCAACUUCCUAAAUUGUAAAACGGGGUUGAGAAUAAUAAUAAACAGGACAACAGCUAUCAUGUGCAUAGAACUUGAGGAUAUUGGAUCCUCAACAACAAUCCUAGGAGCCAUUAGGAGCCCCAUUUUAGUCGAGCAAACUAAGACUCUUCCCAGAGGUUGACACUCGCCCAAGUUCAUAAAACUAGUUUGUAAGACUGAAUUUGCACUCGGGUCUUCCCAGUUCUAGGUCCAGCUCUCUAUCCACUAUGUCAGGUAGCUGUUAAUAAUAAUAUUCGUAAACCCUACCUCCGAGGUGGUGAGGAAAGUGCUUUGAAAAUCUUGACAUUAAUUCUUUGUUUCUUUUGACCCUUAUCUUCCAACUUGGAAUCAAUACUAAUUAUUGUUCCCAAAGCAGAAGAGUAGUUAAGGGCUAGACAAUGGGGGUGAAAUGACUUGCCCAGGGUCACACAGUCAGGAAGUGUCUGAGGUCAGGUUUGAACUCAGGACCUCCUAUCUCUAGGCCUGGAUCUCCAUCCACUGAGCUGCCCCCUUUAAGUUAGUUCUUGACCCUAGCUCAGUGUCUGGCACAUAGUAGGCACUUAAUUCAUUUCAGUUCUAUAAACAGUGAUGGCCCAUAACCCUUGCUCUAGCACUAAAGUUAGGCUUCUUCUGUGGUGGUGUUUUGGUGUCUUAAUUUCCUUAAGCUCAAGUUUCCUUCCCCCUUUGUUCUCUGGACUCAUAGCAGUGAUGAUCUUGGGUACUUCUCUGGUUGACCAUUGCUUCCUCCCUACACCAAGCCCCCUGAGUUUUAUUAUUCCCUCAAUAAUAUUUGUUUGAUUUACUAGGAAGUUGUAGUGGUGAUUAAAAAAAAAAAGCAACCAGGGGACAGCUGGGUGGCUCAGUGGAUUGAGAGCCAGUCCUAGAAAUGGGAAGUCCUGAGUUCAAUCUGGACCCUAGACAAGUCACUGAACUCCCCUGCCCAGUCCUAACCGCUCUUCUGCCUUGGAACCAAUACACAGCAUUGAUUCUAAGGCGGAAGGUGAGGGUUUGGAAAAAAACAACCACAUUCCUGCCCUGUCUCAGGGACACUCCCUGGCCAGUCGAGCCCUUGUCACUUUUACGGUGUCAGUACUGAGGAGUCCGGGCUCCAUUCACAGUCUCAGGAGCAGAAGCCCAGUUUGCUCCUUUGGCUCCUGGCCUGCACUGGGUCUCCUCGGCCUUGGGACUCUGGGAAAUGUGGGCAGGGUUGUUGGGCAAGUGAGCAACCCCUCUGGAGGCACAUGAGGAAGGAGCUGGGAGGAUCUGACCUUGGACAGAGUCAGCCAUAAAACAUCCACGAGCCUCUGGGCUGGGAUGUCCUAGGCGCCAGCUGGCCAGACCCAGGAGCUUUGGGGGGCCGGUGGCUCAGGGAGGCGGCCCCAUCUCACUUGGCUUUGAUGUUGACUCCCGCUUGGAAAAGCAGGAAGAAGAGUCUGGGUGGCCAGGACGCGCUGAGCGGCUUCUCAUGCGCCCCCGGAGCGUGUCCCGCUCCAUGAAGUGUUCCCGAGACCCCCCAGCCAGCCUGCCAAGCGAGUUUCUGCGGCCAGCCUACAGGAUGGAGGCGCCGAGGAGGCCGAGCCUCUUCCGCCCGCGGAGGAGCGCGGCCUGCUGACCUGUCGAGAGGACGCGGAGGACCCCUGCCUGCCGGCACGAUGAAGGAAGUGGUCUAUUGGUCGCCCCAGACGGUGGCGGACUGGCUGCUGGAAAACGCCAUGCCCGAAUACUGCGAGCCCCUGGGCCAGUGCACGGGCCGGGACCUGAUCAGCCUCACCCAGGACGACUUCAGGCAGCCGCCGCUGUCGCGGGUCUCCUCCGACAACGGGCAGCGGCUGCUGGACAUGAUCGAGACGCUCAAGAUGGAGCACCACCUGGAGGCGCACAAGAACGGCCACGCCAACGGGCACCUGAGCGUCGGCGCGGACGGCCUGGGGCCCGGCGGCAAGGCCAAGCACAACGGCGUGCCCAACGGCUACCAGGGGGGGCUGGAGAUGAUCCAGAUCCCCAUGCCCGAACUGGAGCGCUCCCAGUACCCGCGGGAGUGGGGCAAGACCCUGCUGUCCUUCCUGUACGCCCUGUGCUGCUUCAUGUUCACCACCGUGACCAUCUCCUUCGUCCACGAGCGCGUGCCUCCCAAGGAGACGCAGGCGCCGCUGCCCGACACCUUCUUUGACCGCUUUGACCGCGUGCCCUGGGCCUUCUCCAUCUGCGAGAUCAACGGCCUCAUCCUGGUGGGCCUCUGGUUCGUGCAGUGGCUGUUCUUAAAAUACAAGUCCAUCAUUAGCCGAAGAUUUUUCUUCCUAGUUGGCACGCUGUACCUGUACCGGUGUAUCACCAUGUAUGUAACCACCCUCCCAGUACCCAGCAUGCAUUUCAACUGUUCUCCGAAGCUGUUUGGAGACUGGGAAGCUCAUUUACGGAGGAUAAUGAAGAUGAUGGCAGGGGGUGGCCUGUCCAUCACAGGCUCCCACAACUUAUGUGGAGACUUUCUCUACAGUGGGCACACAGUCAUGUUAACCCUGACUUACUUAUUUAUCAAAGAGUAUUCCCCUCGGCGACUUUGGUGGUACCAUUGGGUUUGCUGGAUUCUCAGUGUGUCCGGAGUCUUCUGUAUCCUCUUGUCACAUGAACACUACACUGUGGACGUCGUGGUGGCUUACUACAUCACCACCAGACUUUUCUGGUGGUAUCACACAAUGGCUAAUCAGCAAGUGCUAAAAGAAGCUUCCCAAAUGAACCUCCUGGCGAGAGUAUGGUGGUAUAAGCCCUUCCAGUACUUUGAAAAGAAUGUCCAAGGAAUUGUACCUCGAUCUUAUCACUGGCCUUUCCCCUGGCCCGUGGUCCAUCUCAGUAGACAAGUGAAAUACAGUCGUUUGGUGAACGAUACAUAACAGCUGUUCAAAGUUGGGGAAGAGAGCUGUCCAAAGUACUAAGGACUCCAUGAGAGAAAUCGCCAUAAAAUCAACGCCUCCCUAAUCCUUUGAUCUUUCAACAGUUACCUUGACUUAACCUAGUGAGUUACCUGGUCAGCACUGUGAUCUUUUUUUUUUCUCUCCAAAGGACCUGCGUUGGACAACAAUAAAGAGAAUUUAACUUAU